CUCCACUUUUCUUUCUCUUUUCUGCUAUAUAACUGAAAAAUCAAAUACAAAUACAAAGUCAAUACAUAUACAAUGGUCAAAGCAGUAGCUGUUCUUAAAGGAGAUUCUUCCGUUAUUGGAACUAUCACCUUUACUCAGGAAAAAGAAGGUGGUCCUGUUGAAGUUUCUGGCGAGAUCAAAAACCUCGACGCCAACGCCGAAAGGGGUUUCCACAUUCACCAAUUCGGGGAUAACACCAACGGAUGUACUUCCGCUGGACCUCAUUACAACCCUCAUGGUAAGACCCACGGUGCUCCUACAGAUUCCGAGAGGCAUGUCGGUGAUCUUGGAAACGUCAAGACGGACGCACAGGGAACUGCUACCAUCAAGAUCUCUGACAAAGUGAUUUCGUUGUUCGGCGGGGAAUCCAUCAUCGGUCGUACCGUCGUCGUGCACGCCGGCGUGGAUGAUCUCGGUAAAGGAGGUCAUGCAGACUCGCUUGUUACUGGAAACGCUGGUGGUCGCGCUGCCUGCGGUGUCAUUGGGAUUGCCGCUUGAUGGUUAAGUAGCAGUAAGAGUAAUAAGUAGAGUAAGAGUAGUUAUCAGUUGAAAUCGUAUGAGAUGAGAUGCAAAGAAAGUGUGUUCCGAGUUGAAUUCUCG